AAUUGAAUUGAACGACCUUUAGCUUUUUAGAAAUAAAUAGAUAAUUUUUUCGGUCUUAUGUCUCAGUAAAUUUUUUGUUUCAACUAGUUUCCAAUGACCGUUUUGCAGCUCGAUAGAUUCGAGACUGGAAAAUUCGAUUGUUAAAUUGAAUUUGCCAAGACAACGAUCCAAUAUCGUACGACAAUGCUAAUGAGAUUGCGUACGAGCCUAGCGGCGUCGCCAUGGCGAAAGCAGCCGCAUCGCUUAUUGUGCUCGAUGAGCGCCAUGCUCCACAAGGGGCAGAAGACCGGCAAGGAGCGAACCCCCCAGUUGCCGAACCGCAAACAACAGGUGGAAUCGUUGACGAGCGACUACUUCGAUGUACUGGUUAUCGGCGGCGGUGCCAUUGGCUGUGGCUGCGCUCUGGAAUCGGCAUCGCGCGGCUUCAAGACAGCCCUAAUCGAGGCUGGAGAUUUUGCUAGCGGCGCCAGCUGCAAAUCUAGCAAAUUGAUCGAAGGCAGCAAUUCGUAUUUGCAUGCAGCGAUUCAAGGUGCUGAUCUGCAACAGAUAUUCAUGCUGCAACAGGUGUUAAACGAGCGCGCCACAAUGCUAACCAUAGCGCCCCAUUUGAAUCGAGUGCAACCCAUGCUGAUGCCCAUAUACAGUCCGCUGCGCCUGCCACUCUAUUGGCUGGGCCUGAAGAUGUAUGACGCCAUGGCUGGCAUGUCGAACGUGCGCGGCUCGCACUUUCUAUCGAAACACGCGACGCUCAACGAGUUCCCAUUGCUGCGCAAGGAGGGACUGUUGGGCUCCCUGGUCUACUAUGAUGUGCAGCUAGACGAUGCACGCAUGUGCCUGGCCCUGGCCAUCACGGCAGCCAAACAUCGCGCAACUGUGGCCAACUAUGUGCGUCUACUUGAGGUAUUUCCGACCUGUCAGCAGGACUGUCGCUCGGUGCUCGUCAAGGACACACUGAACGACAAGUCGUUCAUAGUGACUAGCAGAGUUAUUAUCAAUGCAACGGGCGCCGGCACGGAUGCCGUCCGCAAACUGGAUGACUGCCGGGCCUGUCCGAUAGCUGUGCCCCAUCUGGGCACACAUAUUGCGCUGCCCGGCUAUUACGGCUCACAGAAUUUCGGCCUGCUCUUUCCCAGCAUUGAGGGCUACGAUGACGCACUGAUCAUGCUGCCCUUUGAGAAUAGAUUGCUAGUGGGCAGUCUGGACGUGGAGCGUCCAGAACCGACCAAAGAGCCGCCAGCGCCGACAGCCGAGGAGGUUGACUGCCUGCUAGCACAGACGCAGAAAGUGCUGGAGGAUUGCUGCCAGUUGAGUUUGCAGCACGUACUAAGCGCCUGGACGGGCGUAAAGCCAUCAAUCAUCUGCCCGUCCACGGACAAUGCGGACGACAGCAAGGAGCCGCAUGUUAUCACAAAUUUCUUGCUUGAAGUUAGCGGCAAUCAGAUGAUCACCCUGGCUGGCGGACGGUGGAGCACAUAUCGUGUGAUGGCCGUCGAUGCCGUCAAUACGGCCAUUGAAUCCUGCCUAUUGGAGCCGCAAUCGAAGGCGAGCGUCACCAGCAAUCUGUUGUUAGAUGGCGCCGAAAACUACUGCUGCAUGCUGCCCCUCGAUUUGGUGCACGCCUACGAUCUGCCCAUGGAUGUGGCACAACAUCUGGCCGAAUCGUAUGGCAGCAAUGCUCCACUGGUGCUCGCCCAUUGCUCGGACAGUAGCACACAUCGCUUGCAUCCGAAAUUCCCCUACAUAGACGCCGAGGUGAUCUAUGCCUGCCAGCGCGAGUAUGCCUGCCACUUGGAGGAUGUGAUCGCGCGUCGAUUGCGCGUGGCGUUUGUCGAUGCGGUGGCCGCCUACGACAUGCUGCCCACCGUUCUGGAGAUUAUGACCAACGAGUUACACUGGGAUGAGAGUCAGCAAAAGACCGAACUUCAAAUGGCGCAGAAAUUUCUACAAAAGCAAAUGGGUCUCUGUUGCAUUAUUAACCACAAGAAGGACACCAAACUCAACAAGUGCGCCCUACUAGAGGCACGAUUGUCAGUCAGCGGAGACACAAGCUCUUUCAAUACAACAAUAGAUUCCAGUUCCCCAACGAUUUCCCAUUGCAAAACCGAAACAUAUUGCCGCGAUGCCUCGAGGCCAGUUCAAGCGCGUUUAGCCGUGCAGCCACAGGAGACUCCUCCCAUAAUUCAGGCAACGGCACCGACUGCUAAAAUUGCCUGCGGCUUAGCGGCCGUCAGUGACUCCAACUCCCUGCAUAGAUCCUCCAUAGUCAGAGGGAGUUCGUCUGUCGUCCACUUCGAGGGAGACAGUGGCCUAGCCAGCAGAGCUAAGAGUUGCAAGAAGCCGAGUACAACCGUAAGGAGAGGUGUUUACAAGACGCCAGAUAAGCCACCAAACUAUGUUAGACCGGACUCGGUGCCAGAAAACGUCGUUGUCACAAGUAACGCGAAAAAUAUUGGCGCAAUCAGAAGAGAGCUAAGCUGGAAAAUCCAUUCGGAAAGGCAGAAGAAUAGAAACGAAUGUUCAAGUCACGAGAAGCAUAACAACUCGAGGCAAAGCAAUAAGGGCGAUAAUGACGUGUUUAGCAGCGGCAAGGCCCUCGAAGGCAUCAGUCGAACUUGCAAUAGAGGGAAAUUCAAUCGUUCCACUCUGGACAACCUAACAUUAGCCAAUGUCGAAACGGCAACAGGAGGCAGCAAACGACCGUCAAACCCGGCGACAACACGGCUAAACGCCGUGGGGCCGACGAGCUCAACUGACAACUUAAAAAAUAAAUAUGGAUUCGUUAUGCCCAGCCAGAAAAGUCAGCCUGCAAGCAAAGCGCUAGCUCUGCCAAAGAGCGUUGAGGUGCCCACUGACUAUAUGAAUUGCUAUGACGUCACUUCUUCGAUGAUCAAAAGAGGCCCGGCAAUGGACGUUAGCAAUCAACGUUCCAGCAAGGCGUCAGCUCUGGAGCGUGUUGAAAUGUCUGAGGCGGACAAGCCAACUGAUAAGCAAGGUAAGCCCACCGGCAAGCCGAAAGCACAUCCAAGGAGCAGCGACAGCCCAGCCGUGUCGAAGCUAAACGCCAAAAACUCAGGCAAACCGAAAAGCUGCAAUACCAGACAUGCAUCAACAAUAUCAAUAAUCGACAGCGAUGCGGCGGCAACAGAUUAUCGAAUAAAUGCAGCAAGUGAUCAGUCCAUCGUCGGUGCGGACAGUCCAGAUGACGAUACGGUAACAAUUCUACGUUAUGCAACAGCGGGUCUGAAGGAAAUUAAGGAGAAUAUACGCAAAGUGAAACCGAAGCAUACAGAUGCAGGCAUUGACGCCGCCCAGUCAACAACGCAGGAUGAACUGCCCCAAGAAACUGAUGACCAAGGCAUAUUUCUGGGUGGCCCAUGCCCAUGCCGCAAAUCAUGCACCAAAGAUGACAAUGAUUCAGACACGAAUAAAUAACAUUGGCUCCAUACAAACAAACCUAAAAGAAACUCACGCAAAAGCUGACUAAACUAAAAUAUGAGUGCACUUAGUAUACACCGGCACACUAACAUCAUUUGGUGUUCGGUGAGUGAGUGUGCAAGUGUGUUGAGUGCCUUGCUCAAUUUAUAUUUUAUAUAUACACAUAUAUAUAAAGAGUUGAAAUCUUAAUAAAAGUCAAAAAAACA